AUGACUGAAACCAAUGAAACGACUGCAAGAAAAUUAAAUUUUGCCGAUUUAUCAAAAAUACCGGCAAAUGAAUUCGAACAACAUUUUCACGAAUGGAUGGAACGUGACGAUGUGGCAAGAGCACUGCAAGCGAAAUUACGCUGUGAUAUUAUACAGAAUUUUAAUAAAACUAAUUUGGGUAAACAAAUACAAGCUCACACCAUGUCCUCGACAGGCGGCUCAACAUAUCGUCUAACACUAUCACCCUUAAUUUUGGCCCUUAACACAUUAGUAGCCGAGUUUCUAUAUGCCCAGAAUUGUCACUUUACAUUAUCGGUAUUUUGUACCGAAGUACCAUUCCGCAACACGUUGCCAGAUUUUGAAAGUAUGCGACAUUAUCGUUUCAAUGAACGAGAAAUAAAUGAUAUUUGGGAGGCAGUAACGGGGACAAUGCCAAUAAAAAGAUGUUUAGAUGCGGCAGUGCUAGAUGAAUAUGAAACAGAUGCAAGUACUUCGUUACUACUGUUGAUUAUAAAAAGUCUGCUUAAUAUGAAACCUCCGGAAAUGUUACACAAAACUGUGGAAAUUCAAACGGAUAACGAUAGAGUUGCUCCCGCACACCAUUGUCAACAAAAACAAUCCGUAUCAGUACAAACAACAAAUGUACCUGAAUCACCCACCAAGUCAACCCCAAAAGCCGAUAAUUUACGUCACAUAAAUAAAUAUUUACUAAUUUUAUCACAAAAAGUCAAUGAAAUGACCCGAGAGUUUGAAAUGCUCAUUAAACAACGAAAUCUCAAAAAUUCUCAGAAAUCCGCAAGAAGUGUACGGUCAAGAGAUUUCCAUACGUUAAAUAAAAGUCUCGAACGUAUCAAUGAAAAUGUUAAACAUUUGACGAAGUGCCGCAGCAAAGGAAAACCUUUAACAAAUAUUGUCGAAUCUAUUGAUAAUUUAACCAAACAAUUUGGUAAAUGUGCUGAGAGUUUUGGCCAGGUCACACGGGAAUUGGCUAAAAAGGAAACACAGAACAUUAAUAUCAAGACUGACACUUGUGUGCAGAGAAAUUCUAUAGAAAAGCAAACGGAAACUGAAGUCCAGGAAAAAUCAUAUUCGGAAUGGAUUAAUGAAAUGCGUACCACCGAAAAUGGAAGGAAAUUUUUGGAGAGGGUAGAACAUUCACUGUCUAAAGCCGUGGCUAAACAAAAAGAACAGUGGCAAAACGAACAGGACAACAAAAUGAAACAAAUGAAAAGUUUAAUAAAACUGCAUUACAAACAGAAAAUGUUAACGCUCUUAUCCCGGCAAAGUUCCGAGGAACAGCAAACAAAUGAGGCCAAGAAACUAAAUGAAACCAUUGAAAUUAAAUUGCGUAAUUUCGAAACAAAACAAAUGGAACUGCUGGAGAAACUGCAAGAGUCCUCAUUUGAAUUGCAGGAGGCUCAAAGGGCGCUGCAAGAGCAGGCGCAGAAAAAGAAAGAGGGGAUCGAAACGAGAGGAAAAGCUGUUGAAGAUCUUGAUAAUGGUAACUCUUUGAAAAACAAUGAACCAAAAUAUGUGAAUCAAGUCUCACAGUGCCUCAACAAUAUUAAUAAUUUAAAGGAAGUUAAUAUUACAAGACCGCAAGAAAUUCAGGACGAUGGUUUAGUAACUCCCAGGGAUCAAAAUGUGGAACGUAUCAUCAAUGAAGCCAAGUUGCGCCUAAAACAAUUGGAAACUGAAAGCAACUGCUUGGAGCAGCAUUUUCAAAAUUACCUGGAACGUCGUCGCAAGGAACAGCAAUGUCGCUUGGAGGUCACAAAUCAACUAAUACAACAAAGUCAAAGUAAAACCUCUGAAAUAUUGGGCAAAUUGCAAAUAAAUCCAACAUCAAGUGCGGUAGACAAACGUAAUUUAUUUGGUUCGCAAUCGAAAUCUCUGGCUAUUCAAGAAGAAGAUUUAGAUUUGGAUGAAGAAUUUCUAAAGCUGAAAGAAAAACUAGCAACUACCCAGGUGAUUGUUGAAAUGUCGCCGCAGGAAACUUCUCCAUCGAUUGAAUUGAAAAAUGCCAUUUUGGAUGCGAAGAAUAAAUUCUUUGAAAAUGAGCAGCUAUUUAGGGAACGUAAGGAAAGGGAGUUCAUGAAGGAAAGCAUCGCUGUCUUUGGUUUGCAAGAUGAAGAAGUUGUCAAGACUUCGAAUGUAUGGGAUUCUAGUGUGGAUUUGAAAUCUCAUUUAGAUGUGGGCAAAGGGGUAGAAAGGGAGCAAAUUAUUGUCUUCAAUAUUAAUACAAAUCCGGAAACAAACGAGGAAAGGAUUAUGGGUAAUAAUCAAAAUCCCACGAGGUAUGGUGUAAAUUGUGAAGAAGAGUCCUUGAAAAAGAAAAUAAAUUGUCCACCGAAAAAUUCCCCAAGAAGGGAGUUGUUCCCCCACACCGAAACCGUAGAGGAGUGCGGGGAAUCUAAACCCAGAAGCAACUCCUUGCCAUCGGUAAAUACAAAUUUACGGAAAACCCUAAAAGAUCUGAAAACCUUUACCCAAAGUUUAGAAAAGAAUAAAGAUAAAUCGGAAGGAAGCAGCGAAGAUUUACUGAAACAAUCAAUGGCCAAAAUGAAACAACUUUUUGAGGAAAAUUCCAAAUCGAAGACAGAACUGAAAAAUAUUUUGGAAACUUCUAAAAAUGAUAACUUAGGGCAAACAACAUACGGAAGUGGACGCCAUAAUAAAACCAACACAGAGGAUAUGCCAAAGGAUGUAAAUAAAAUAACUGCUACAGAAAAUUAUGACAUAGGCGAUUACUUUGAUAUUGCUCCUCAGAGGACUGGAAUUCAAAAUACCUUAGAUUUAAAUUUGACCACUACCACCAAUACCACAACAAAUAUAACCUCCAUGGUAACUACUUCAGCUGUAUCUCUGGAUUCGGUUGAUACAAAUCAAAAUGAGAAUUUAAAUACCAACACCACAACUCCGCAGGACACACUCAAUACCCAACUACUACAAAUGAAAACAUCAGGAAAUAAUUUCGUUAUACCCUCACCUCUACACCUCAGCAGUGACAGCGACGACGAUGAGAGUUUAAAAACGCACAGCAAAGGAAAUCAAGAUUCCGCUGCCGGGAUUAGUGAAAUAUCAAGUGAUGAAGAAAUUAUAAUGCCUAAUGGCAGUACAAUACCUAAGCUAGUAUUAUCGCCCAAGCUGCCGGAAAAUAGUUUAGAAAUUGGUGAAGUGGUUAGUGAUAGUCAACCAGUUUUUAUACCUUUGGCCCAAGUCAGCAGCAGUGAAAGUUCGGAAAGUAGUGAUCCAGCUUUUGAUAUGGCGGUGGAAAGAAAGGAAGCAAAGACAAAUUUGCAAGUAAAAUCUAGUGAUAAUAGUGAGGCGGAUGAUUUUUGGGCCUAA